AUGCGGCUAUUCUCAAGCUUUAUAAUUUUUAUUUUCUUUCUGAAAUUUGGUGUUUCACUUCGUUUCCAAGCCGCGUCGAUCAAGGGAAGAUUGCUGUGUGGAAAUGUGGCGGCGAUCGGUGUUCGAGUGAAGCUUUGGCCUGAUGAUUUGGGAAUGGAUGUAGACAAAAACUCGGAUCAAUUUUGGACGGAUCGCGACGGGAAUUUCUCGGUUUUUGGGCCGACUUUGGAAGGCUCAGCCAAAGCUCCAGUUCCAGCAAUUUUUCGCAUUUUUCACGAUUGCAAUGAUGGAAAUAGGGCUGGCCUUCGUGUCUUCAAAUUUCGCAUUCCAGACUCCUAUGUUUCAAAGGGGAAAGAGGCGAAAAAGGUUUUCGAUUUCGGCCUCCUCAACCUCGAGAUUCAACCGUUUGACGAGGAAAGAAGCACGGAAAAU